AUGGCCAUCAAUAUCGCGCCGUCUACCGGUCCCAGUCCAUCGCCAAAGACAUCGGCAUCUCCUCCUCCUCUAUCAGAGUCCAUCUCCUCGUCAGCGGUGCGAUCGCCAUCACCACCGCCGCCACCUGCAAGCCCUCUCACGCCUCCGGCGCAACCAGCCAAGCUUGCUGCCCCAACUCAUACUCAUACACUGCCCACGCAACCACCACCACCCCCGGCGCACUUCAUAGAGCAGCCACCGUCGCUGCCCUUUUCCAGUCACGAAUCAAGCGAUGCCAUAGCCUUGCGCGCCGCCAUCUCUUCUCUCCAGUUUCAGCGUCUUCAGGCUCAACGCGACUUGCGCACUCUCGAGGACAUCAAGCGCCAGGCUAUUGAGCGCCCGGAAGAAUACCGUCAACAUGUGAUUGCAACCGCCCAAGCCAAGCUGUCACCUCCACCAUGGGCUAUCAAGGACACAUCAGAUCGAGACAUGGAAGACGAUGAGGACGACGUUGUGCCUGGCGCUUCUAGCGUAACUGGACAGGAUCCCUCUUCCACACAACGGGCAUCUGCAACCAAGCCUUAUCCAACCUCAUAUGGAUCCAUGCUGUCUUCACGACCAGUGGAAAGAUCAUCUCAGUCUUCUGGCUUCCCUGCUAUUCCUCUUCCGCAAGCUGUCGUUCGUUGUCCGCCUAUCGAGUGGGCCAAGUACAACAUCGUUGGCAAAUCUCUGGACAAGCUGCACCUCGACCAACAAACACGUCCUGGAGACGAUGCUUCAUCUCAGCGUGACAGUGUUGUCGCUGCCCCUUACAACCCCUUCCUGGACAAGCUAGAUUCACGACCUGUUCAGGAAGCCACCACCUCCACAAGAAAAGACAGUGGCUCUUCUGCCUCGGACCGGAAUUCCCACAGAAGACCCAGCAAGUCUGCCACAUGA